CUCCACACAUUAACAGUUACCUUAUCGUUGGGCUCUCUUUUGUUUCCCUCCAAACAAUAUUGACCCUUAAUGAAUUCUCCAAAUGCACAAAAUAAUAAUGCUAAUACCAAACCAAAUACAUAACUACAACUACCUCCAUCACCACCAACAUAAUUUUCUUCAUUAAAUCAUCAUCAUAAUCAUCAUGGCUAGCAAAUUAUUAGCAUUCACAUUAACAUGUCCACGUCCAUUUACUGCCUCUACAGCACCAUUUCCAAGUUCAACAACUUUGCUUCCAACAUUCUCCACUUUUGCUUCUAGACUCCAUCCUAUUCAACUCAAUGCCGACCGACACUCUUACCUUCGUCGAAGCCUAUUUGUGUUUCCCGCCAAAGCUACAUCUGAUCAACAAGAUGGCAAGGUUGAAGAAGAUGGUGUUGUUGAUAGUAAAAUCUUACAAUAUUGUAGCAUUGACCAAAAAGAGAAGAAAUCACUUGGUGAACUUGAGCAAGAUUUUCUUCAAGCACUACAAGCAUUCUACUAUGAGGGAAAGGCAACUAUGUCAAAUGAGGAAUUUGAUAAUCUCAAAGAAGAACUCAUGUGGGAAGGAAGCACUGUUGUAAUGCUAAGUUCUUCUGAGCAAAAAUUUCUGGAAGCAUCUAUUGCUUAUGUGUCUGGAAAACCAAUCAUCAGUGAUAAAGAGUUUGAUGAAUUAAAAAUGAAGCUAAAGAUUGAAGGGAGUGAUAUUGUUGCCGAGGGUCCCCGGUGCAGUCUUCGUAGUAGAAAGGUUUACAGUGACCUUUCGGUUGAUUAUUUAAAGGCAUUCCUACUGAAAGUCCCAGCAACUGUUGUUGCAUUAGGAUUGUUCUUCUUCCUUGAUGAUGUGACUGGAUUCGAGAUCAAUUAUCUUAUAGCGAUUCCAGAACCUUUUAGUUUCAUUUUGACAUGGUUUGCUGCUGUUCCCUUCAUUCUGUGGUUUGCUCAGUCAAUUACAAAUGCAAUUAUAAAAGAUUUCUUGAUUCUGAAGGGUCCAUGUCCUAAUUGUGCUACUGAAAACACAUCCUUCUUUGGGACUAUAUUGUCAAUUUCAAGUGGCAAUUCAACUAACAAAGUCAAAUGUGAGAAUUGUGGAACUGUGAUGGUAUAUGAUUCAACAACAAGAUUGAUUACACUGCCAGAAGGAAGUAAUGCAUAAGUCGAGGUAGAUUAAUUCCUUGAAUAUCUCUACUGAAUAUAAUUACAUCAACAGGCGUACGAGGAAUGAGUCGCAGCACAUUAGGGUCACAAUCUUUGUAUGUAACACCAAUGAGUAUGGCUUUCUUUGUAAAGCCUGAACCUCGAGUCAUUCUCGACUGACGAACCAAUGUUGAAUCUCGGGAUUUGGAGCAGCUCAUUUUUUAUUUCUGUACUUUUUUCUCUGCGGCUUUACAAAAGAGAAGACGAUCGAAAAGAGAAAAAGGGAAGGGUUAUAUGUUAUUUGGGUUGGGCUGGGCUGUGCAUUUGGUUCAUAUGAUUUGAGGGAAAAAACUUCAUUUACACUAAAAAAAAAAAAAAAACCUUGUUUUUAGUAGCUUGAUAUAGUUUGAAAGAAAUAACAUAUUUAGUUUAUUCGUUGAAA